AUUAAAUGGGCGUCAAUGUUUACCUCAAUGUAGAAGACCGCAGUUGCUUACAGACGCAAACACGACUUUAUUAAGCCGAUAAGAAGCCUGUCAAGUACUGUUGACGGUGAACUGAACGUCAAUCAUGUCUUUAUCAAACACAAAGAACGAAAGCGUUGAUAUUCCCCCUCCCAGUACCGGUAUACGCGGUGCUCCUUUGGAGGCUACCCUUCUGUCUGUCGCUUCUUUGUUGACAUUAGUCGGAAACCUGGGCACCCUUGCUGCUUUCUGGAUCAAUCGCAGCCUGAGACAGAAGCCUAGUAAUCUGUUCCUUGUCAGCUUGUCAGCGGCCGACUUCCUGGUCGGACUAGUGGUACUUCCUCUUCGUGCCCUGGAGACGGCACUGGGCUACUGGCCUCUAGGGGAGGAAGUCUGCAUGAUCCAGACCUUCUUCGCCAAUAUCGGAGUGACAGUAGCCAUCUACAUCAUCACUGCCAUCAGCAUUGAUCGGUUUCUGCUGGUUUCGAAAGAUUAUUCCCGCUAUCUAGCUAUCGUGUCCCAGAAAACUGUCAAGGGAACCAUUUUCUUUUUGUGGUGUUCGGUCAUCUUGAAUUCACUCCUCGAGAUGGUCCUUUGGGCUACUGAUGCGCUCCCCCCACCAAUUCCAGUCAACUUUGACUUCGUGUGCCUGCCUCCAGUCAAGCUGAACCAAGCAUUCCUCAUGGCCAUAUUCAUUUGUGGGUUCUUUAUUCCGCUUUCCAUUAUGGCUGUGUGUAGUCUAGGUUUCAUGUUGCACCUCCGUAAGAGACUGAAGGGGAAUAUUCAUUCAGCUGGGGAGUUUAGCCCUGGUGAUUCCGAGGCGUCUGGUUCAUCAAGACGGACAGCCUGGACCACCGUUUCAUCAUCAGUCACACGCAGCACCGUAGUCACCACUCAUGGCCUCGCAUCGCUCGAAUCACGAGCGCCGGCUGUCGACGGAGCCACUACUGCUUUUGGAGUCGAGGAUUCUGUCCCAGGUUUCUUGUUUGGACGCAGCCUGCUAGAACAUCAUUGCUUGGAGUCACGGUGGUAUCGGAAUUUUUGUCGCAUCGGGUUAUCGUGACCUUCAAAUAUAAAAAAUGUCUCUACGAAGUUUCAAACAAGUUGGUCCCAGCGUCACCUCACGGGAGCUGAUUGGGCGUUUGACGCACAGGAAAUUGCACUUGAAGAAUUCUAGCUUGGCCGUGUGUAAUGGUACUAAUAAAUGUUGGUCUCAAUUCAGCUGAAGUGGCCAUUUGUUAACACAAUAAGAAUUAGGUUUUAUACAAAGCACGCUAUCAGUAUCUGCAACGAUUUUAUCUUUUCGCUUAUUAACCUCUCUCUUAAGUAUUUACUGCACUCAGACAGUAAUAGUUGUGAUAAGAAUUCUUGAUAACAUUCUAUUUCGAUAGCAGGAUAAAAAAAGAUGUAUAGUGUAGACAAAUUGAAACUGCAAAAUUUAAACAUGCUUGUAGAAUGAGAAACACGCACAGUAGAAAAAGAAAUGCCAGUAAAAUAUAAUUUCAAAAAUAUGACCACUCACUCAAUGGAUAUUAGUAACCUUUUGAACAAAGUUUAACAUAGUUUAAUUAAACUUAGGAUUUUAAGAGUACACAUCUAUAUUGAGGAAAAAAUGGUUCCUAAAACUGACAUAAAAAUACCGUUAGAUAUAAUCUUAAUGUAAUGGUUAUAAAGUUUUCUCGGGAUACACUAUCACAUUCUUAAAUCACCUUAAUCACCAUUGUGUAGAAUACGAUGGCACUGUUUAGUUAGAGUAAUAUGCAUGAAAAGGGGCCGAGGCGUUAGGAGUGUACAUCACCGUAUAACAUUGGUCGUACAGAGCGUUGUAGACUUGUAUGGUUUCUCAGGAGAGAAUAAUACAGUUUUUUCUUUUUCAAUAUCGUUGCAACUAGGCUCGUAUUCCCCGCAUACAACCUCUUUCGAGGUUAUCUUGUUUAUCUUUCUGCAUCUGUUUUGACACAAUUAAACUAUUAAUGGUAAAUGAUGAAAAAGUGGUGUAGGAAUGUGACAUACAUCUUAAAUGCAAAUCUGUCGAUGUAAUUGUGAUAUGUGAGUCAUCUUUCUUUUCAAAUCAGUUGUCAUAUAAAAGUAACUCGCCCCCCUAAUGGCACACAUACUGCUUUACCGAUCAUUUAAUCGAUUUAAUCAAUCGGCAAUGCUGGUUACUUGAUUGAUUGAAGUAAACAUGUGGUUGAUUUUA